ACAUUAAUUUUAACCUUUACCAGGUUGACCUGCUGUAUUUGUGUAUGUGCAACAACCUUUUUCCUUAAGGGACCCCUAUUCUAGAGAAAACUGACAGACCCCUGACCAACUGACAUAUCUUAUGGAUAUUUCAUAUUAUAUUCAAUGCAUAACAAUAAGAGUAAAGAAUAACUGAUAAACUGUACAAUGAACACUAAUAGUGUAGUGAACACAGUAACUGCAGGAAGUUUAUGCAAAGCGGGCAGUUUGGAUGAAUAUUGAGCAGAUUAUUUCCUGUGAAUAUUUCACUGCAUCAGAGAUGAGUUUUCCUCUUAUUUUUAGGAAUUCUUAUGCAAUUCUGUCUGUAUUAUAUAUAGUUUUUAAUGUUUAACUAUCAUACAUACUUAAUAGGCUUCUUUUUGAUAUAUUCAGCGUUUCUAUCUCCCUGAUGUUAACUGUUUGGUUGUUUUAACUACGUGCUUUUCUAAUGCAGGAAAAGGCUGUUUAAGUGAGAGUGAAGCUCUGUGAAUGCAGCUUGUGUUCAUGUCUAUUUAAGUUUACAUUUUAAAUAACAAUCUAAACUUUAAAAAUAACAAUUACAUUUACUUUUUUUCUUCACAGAAAUUAAUGAAAUGCUGAGACAUACUGUAUAUAUAUUUUCUCACAGUUUUCUCACGGCCCUCAAGAAAUCAAGAAGGCCUUGCGACCCCCCAUGAAGCUUAGGCCACCCCUGGUGGGGGUUGGGAUCACCAGGUUGUGAACCAGUGGUGUAGAAGAUUAUUGAUACAGAAUAGUGUCCAAAAAUAUAUUCCAAUUACUGAAUUAAUUCUGUUCUUUAAGUUUGACACACAUGUCCUCAAACAUAAUCUGAAAUCUUAAAGCUGUGAAACAUGUUUUGUGCGCUCAGUGUAUCAGAAACAGAUGGUGUCUUCUGCAGCAGUUGCAGCGUCAGGCCUUCUGCACUACAUUUGUCAUCAUUAGAGCCACUGACGUCUGCACGCUCCACACUACACACACUCCGCUGUGGUUUGCUUUGCAGCGCUGCACCCCCUGUGUGUGACAGGCUGUGACAGCCUGUCCAUGUAAGGAAAGCUGCACUCGCGGUUCCUAUGGAAACAAGUAAACUAUGCACAGGAAAGUGGGAAGAAGAAGAGAAAGAGAAGAGUUGGGUGUACGGACAUAAAAGCCAUGAGGAGAAUGCACGUAGAGAGAAAGUGUUUUUAGGAGUUAGAUUUAUUAUCUUCUGCCAGCAGAGGAGAACUGAUGUUGAGCAGAAAGAUGCCACUUGCACCGAGAUCAUCUGCCAACUGUGCAAAGAUGCAGACCAAACUGAGCGCCUGGACACCUCUGAACCACCCGCUGUCCAACAGCAAGGUGUUUGAGGAGAGAAGAAGCCUUCUGGCAAAGUGGUUUGACAGGUGGUCUGACAGCCAGAGGAGGGCAGUGCUGCAGGACUUUGUGCUGAGCUGUUCGGUGGAGCAGCUCAGGUUCCUGAGCCUCAGUGUGAGCAGACGGCUCCCUCUGCAGGCCGCAGACUUCACCUGCCUGCUGCCCAGAGCCCUCUGCCUCUACCUCUUCUCCUUCCUUGACCCCCGCAGCCUCUGCCGCUGCGCCCAGGUGAGCUGGCACUGGAAGAGCAUAGUGGAGCUGGACCAGCUGUGGAUGCCUAAGUGUCUGAGGCUCGGCUGGUGCAUCAACUUCUCCCCCACGCCGUUUGAGCAGGGCGUCUGGAAGAGACACUACAUCCAGACUGUGCAAGAGCUGCAACUCAAGCCACGUCUAAAGCAGCAGUUUGUGGUCCCAGAUGUGACAACAAUCAGCAGUAGACAUGAAGAUCCAUCAGAAGCAGUUUUCCUCGGUGAGGAGUGUCCAGCGUCGGCCACACAGCGAGGUGAAAGCAUCUCCAGGACUGGUGCGAGAAAGGAGAAGCAGCCGACUGUACCGCCGCCAUGGAGAGAUUCUGACAGAUGUCCUAAAGACACACUACGCUUCAACUACCUUGACAACCUGGACUCCAUCGAGCAAGCCCUCAGAGCGCAAACAAGGAGCAGAGCCACCACCUGCCCCAGUAUCACACCGAAGCCAGACGACGGGAGGAAGAAAACACUGUCUGAGGCGAAUUACAAACUACGCAAAGCCAAAUCGCUGAUGUUCCUCAGCUCAAACUGCAGACCUAAGCAUCCUCCCUCUCCUCCUCCUCCUCCUCCUCCUCCUCCUCCUCAUCAGUCUCGACCCCACUGGGCGUCUCGCAGUCCUGACUACCCCAUCGCCAAGGAGACCGCCAAGACCCUGCUGCGGCUGGCCCAGUGGAAUGCUGGGAUACGUCCGGGGCCGGUGAGGACGGCGGUGCCCAGGCUGAGUGUGGAGGCACUCAGGGCAUCCCAGCGCUCACACAGGAGCGCUCCCAGUACUCCGCUGUUUGAAUUUCAGCCCUGAACUGAACCUGCAGCACAAACAGAAGAUGAGGAGUGAAGCAUGUCGCCCCCUUCAGGAAGACACCAGAACAAGAAUCUGAACUCAUGUCACGAGAUGUAUUUUGAUGUAUUUGGCACAUGUAAUGUAAUCUACAACUGCAGAAGACAGAGCUGACAUUUACAAAUAAUUAUUUUGACACUGUGAGAAAAUAACUGCAGAAAUUACUAAAGGUCUCAAUCAUUUCUAACUUUAAAGUCUCUCUUCUAUCUUAUAUAUUAU